UUGAUUGCUAUGACACAAUCUGUUGACCUUAAACUGAGUUAGUGUGAGUUCAUCAUGACGCUAAAAGUUAAAAAAUUCAAACGUCAAGACUUUGACAAAAUCAAAGAGACAUACAUAUCCAAGGGAAAACUAUUCAGAGAUCCCGAAUUCCCCAUCGAUUACCAACAUUUGGCGGACACGGAUGUUUUCACGUCCUUGGAUGAUACUUCAUCUCCCAAUAUAGAAUGGCUUCGGCCAAAGGCAAUAUGCGCCAAACUCAACAUCGAAGAGGGUCCAAAGAUGUUUGUCGGAGAGUUUGAUCGCUUUGAUAUCAACCAAGGAGCGAUUGGCAACUGUUGGCUGUUGGCUGCCUUGGCCAACUUGGCCGAGAACAAAGACUGCUUCAACAUGGUUGUCCCUCCGAAUCAAAGCUUUCAAAAAGGCGACUAUCGAGGAAUUUUUCGCUUCCGUUUCUGGGUCUUUGGUCAGUGGAAAGAAGUUGUUAUUGACGAUAGACUCCCAACCCUAAACGGCAAACUCAUCUAUUUGACCUCGAGUGUUAAAAAUGAGUUUUGGAGUGCUCUGUUGGAGAAAGCUUAUGCCAAAUUGUACGGUUCCUACAAGGCUUUGACCGGUGGAUUAACAGUUGAUGCAGCUGUGGAUUUCACUGGUGGCAUUCCAGAACGGCUGGAAGUGAAAGAUUUCGAGAAAGAUCCUCAAAUCUUGUUCUCAAUUAUGUCUAAAGCAGACGCGGGAGGGGCAUUCAUGGGAUGUGCCCUGAAAAAUGAGUACAACGACUUUUUGGGUUUACUGGCCGGUCACGCUUACACCUUGAACAAAGUGAUGGAAAUCAAAUGUCCAGGAAUUUUAGGCGGUAUCCCGUUGGUUCGGCUCCGGAAUCCCCAUGGAAACCACAACGAAUGGAAAGGCGAUUGGAGUGACGGCGAUAAGCAUUGGGAGCUCAUACCCAAGAGGAUAAAGAGGAAAUUGAAGCUGAUUUGCCAUCAUGAUGGAGAGUUCUACAUGAGCUUUCGCGAUUUUAUGAAAUAUUUCCUAAGCUUGGAAAUAUGCCACUUGUCACCAAAAGCGAUGGAAGGUGUUCAUAGUGAGGGCAUAACCGAGUUUGAACACUUUCAAUACAGUGGAGAAUGGAAGAAAGAUGUGAGCGCACCAGGGGUUAGAGAUUUGGGCAAACGAUUUGAAAACCCACAAUUCUUUGUCCAAAUUCCACAUUUCGACGAUUCGAGCUUGGCUCCCGUUAUCAUCUCUUUGUAUCAAAAGCAAAAGGAUCGAAAAACGUCCCAAAGCAUCGGGUUUGCAUUGUACAAAUGUCCACCGGAUUUGAAGCAACUUGACUCAAAAUUCUUCAAGCGAAACAGUGUGAUGGCUCGAUCUAAUAGUUAUUCCAAUUUGAGAGAGUGCACUAAAAGGUUAACUUUAGCGUCGGGAAAGUACUGCAUAAUGCCUUUAACCCUGGAACCUGGCAUCGAAAGCAAGUUUCUCCUUCGGAUAUAUGUUCCGCAAGGUCGAGGAAACUCACAUCACGGAGAAUUCACGCGCUUAGUGUCACUUAAUAGUCAAGCAUCAGUUGAGGAGACUAGCGAGUUAUACGCAGACAGCACGGACUCUUCCAAAAUUAGGUAUUAUAGUAAAAAAUCUGAGAAGAACCAUGUGCCGUUCUCUAAAAUGGUGAGCAAAGCAAAUGUUAAGAACCAAUCCAAAGUGGAACGCCCAAAAAGUACCUAUGCAUGGGAAACUGAAGGCGAUGCAGAACUGAGGCUUUUGAAGAAUAUUGUACGAGCCAUGCAAGCAAAAGAGUAA